UAAAGCCUAAAGCCCAACAUUUUCUUUGUAAGCGAACACAUAACAUACAUAUUUAUAUAUAUUUUCACAUUCUCUUCAAAUUUCUUUCUCAACGAGAUAUAAAACUUCGCUUAUAAUUGCUUAUAUUUAAUUAAUAAUUAAUCAAUAGUAACAAGGGCCUUACCAUGCCGCCUCGAGGGGUGCAACUCACUAUUCAAGAUCGUCAUGUGAUGAUGGAUAAUGGAAUACUACAAGUCACUCUUUCAAAUCCAGAAGGAAUUGUCACCGGCAUACGUUAUAAUGGCAUCGACAAUUUGCUUGAAGUUCUCAAUGAUGAAUCUAAUAGAGGGUAUUGGGACCUUGUAUGGAGCACACCAGGGACUACGGGAACAACUGGGAUUUUUGACGUGAUUAAAGGAACAAGUUUUGAGGUGAUAGUAGAAAGCGAAGAACAAGUGGAGCUCUCAUUCACACGAUCAUGGGAUCCCUCUCAGGAAGGCAAGCUUGUUCCCUUAAAGAUAGACAAAAGGUUUGUAAUGCUUCGUGGCUGCUCAGGCUUCUACUCCUAUGCCAUCUAUGAGCACUUGCAAGAAUGGCCUGGUUUCAACCUUGGGGAGACCAGAAUUGCUUUCAAACUUAGAAAAGACAAGUUUCAUUACAUGGCCGUAGCAGACAAUAGACAAAGGUACAUGCCCUUACCUGACGACCGUUUGUCGCCAAGAGGGCUGGCCUUGACCUAUCCUGAGGCAGUGUUGCUUGUGAAUCCUGUUGAGCCUGAGUUCAAAGGAGAGGUUGAUGACAAGUAUCAAUAUUCAUCUGAAAACAAAGACAAUCGGGUGCAUGGCUGGAUUUGCAUGGAUCCACCUGUGGGGUUCUGGAAAAUCACUCCUAGCAAUGAGUUUCGAACCGGUGGACCCCUCAAACAGAACUUGACCUCCCAUGUUGGUCCCACCACCCUCGCAGUGUUUCUCAGUGCACAUUACUCUGGAGAAGAUUUGGUUCCAAAAUUUGAAGCCGGUGAGGCCUGGAAGAAAGUGUUUGGUCCAGUUUUUAUGUAUUUUAAUUCUGCCAUGGUUGGAGAUGAGCCGCUUUCGCUUUGGGAGGAUGCUAAAAAGCAGAUGGAGAUUGAAGUCCAAAGUUGGCCCUAUAGUUUCCCAGCCUCCGAAGAUUACCAAAAGUCAGAUCAACGAGGGAAUGUGAGUGGUAGACUACUAGUGAAAGACAGGUUUGUUAGCGAUGACUACAUAUCAGCAAAUGGGGCUUAUGUUGGAUUGGCCCCACCAGGUGAUGUUGGAUCCUGGCAAAGGGAAUGCAAGGAUUACCAAUUCUGGAGUAAAGCAGAUGAGAAUGGGUAUUUUUCAAUUAAUGAGAUACGAACUGGCAACUACAAUCUUUAUGCUUGGGUUCCUGGUUUUAUCGGUGAUUAUCGAUAUGAUGUUGUCAUUACCAUUACCUCUGGUAUUAAUCAAUUAAAUUUUCAUUUUGAAAUUAUAAUAGCUUCCUGUUCUACUUCAUUUUAUAUAAUAAUUAAUUCAAUUAGCAUCAUUUGUCAUAUAGGUUGUGAUAUUGAUACGGGUGAUCUUGUGUUUGAUCCUCCAAGAGAUGGCCCCACAUUGUGGGAAAUAGGAAUUCCUGAUCGUUCUGCUGCAGAGUUUUAUAUUCCUGAUCCAAAUCCUUUGUAUAUCAAUAAACUCUAUGUUAAUCAUCCUGACAGGUUUAGGCAAUACGGAUUGUGGGAAAAAUAUGCUGAAUUAUAUCCCAACGGAGACUUAGUUUACACCGUUGGCGCUAGCGAUUAUACUAAAGAUUGGUUCUUUGCCCAGGUUACCAGGAAAAAAGAUGACAAUACAUACCAGAGAACAACAUGGCAAAUUAAGUUCAAACUCGACAGUGUUGAUCAAAAUGGCAUUUAUAAAUUGCGAGUCGCACUUGCAUCUGCAAGCGUUUCUGAAUUGCAGGUUCGGGUUAACGACCCAAAAGCGAAUCUUGUAUUUUCAAGUGGAUUGAUAGGAAAGGAUAAUUCAAUAGCGAGACAUGGAAUUCAUGGACUCUACUGGCUAUAUAAUAUAGAUGUAGGAGGUGCUCGACUUGUUCAAGGAGAUAAUACGUUGUUUCUCACACAACCAAGAAGCACCAGCCCUUUUCAGGGGAUUAUGUAUGAUUACAUUCGUUUUGAAGGACCUUCAGCUUCAUCAAUUUAGUGCUAUUGGAUUUUCUACUUAAUUCCCUUUUUUGCUUAUUUUUUAUUUUGAUAUUGAUUUUCUUUUAGUGUAUGCAUGUGAGCUAUCUAAUUAGUUAAUUUUGUUCUAAAUCAUAAAACUUUAUGCUAAAUCAAUUACUCAUUUCAUUUUUUUAUUAUUGUAACUAUUCAUGUUUUAUAUUUAGAUUAUUUGCGGAAA